CCUCCUUUGGCACACUGAGCAUGCGCAGAGCGGUCAGCCAGCAGGAAAGGACUGACACUGACUGGAAACCAGCACACAGGUGUGCUACCGGCACAACAGUCACUUGGUCUGACCGCUUCUAAUGAGAAAACCGUUUUAAGUUUCCAGCCAUGUCUUACGCUUCUGGUCAAGAUGCAGGAGACCUUGUUCAGAUCAUCUCAAAUAACAUCCAGAAGAUAUCAAAGAACUCUUCUGAAAUUCAGAGAAUAGUGAAUCAGCUUGGAACUGUUCUAGAUACUGCAGAAUUAAGGAAUGAACUGCAGCAGAAGGUGCAGGAUACAAACAAGAUUGCCAAAGAUACAGAUAAAUACUUGAAAAAAUUUGUCUCUUUGCCAUCGGAUAUUGAUCAGCGGCAGAGGAAAUUACAAAAAGAUAGACUUGUGAAUGAAUUCUCUGCAGCACUAACAAAUUUUCAGAAGAUACAAAGAAAUGCUGCUGAAAGAGAAAAAGAGUUUGUUGCUAGAGUGCGUGCAGGAUCCAGAAUAUCUGGGGGUCUCCCAGAUGAUGGGCAAAAAGCUACAUUGGUCAGUUGGGAAAGUGAAGGUCAAUCUCAAACACAAGCAACAAUGCAAGAAGAAAUAAUCACAGAUGAUGACCUACGUCUGAUAGAAGAACGUGAAUCCGCUAUACAUCAACUUGAGGAGGAUAUUAGAGGCAUAAAUGACAUAUUUAAAGACUUGGGCAUGAUGGUUCAUGAACAAGGAGAUAUGAUAGAUAGUAUAGAGGCCAACGUUGAGUCUGCUGAUGUCCAUGUUCAGCAAGCUAACCAACAACUUGCAAGAGCAGCAGAGUACCAGCGCAAAUCAAGGAGGAAGAUAUGCAUCAUCAUUGUUGUACUCGCUAUUCUUGCAACUGUAAUUGGACUGAUUAUCUGGGGAUCCCUUAGAAACUAAGCUUCAAACAUCUAUUCUCCUUGAAACCUAUACUUCAGUACUUUCUUACUACAUGGAAUAAGAAAGUUCAAAUAUAUUGAAGAAAGAGAAGAUGGGAAAAAAAUAACAGUUAAUGCCAUGUGUACAUAUUUGUUGUUCUUAAACGGACACUAAGCAUCAUAACAAUGAGAACUCGCUUUAGUGGUUAUAGUGCCAAGAGUUCCUAGUGCUGUCUUACAGUAAACAGAUUCAGAAAAGUUUGACACUUAAUGGUCUCUGUUCAGCACCUGCAUUGCUUAUGGUCUGAACUGGUAUGGUAAAGAAGAAGUCUUCACUUCUGUAUUAUCAUACUAGCUCAUACCAAGUAUGUUUAUGUUCAUUUGCGGAGAGUGUCAGCUGACACUUAGUAAGAGUUGAUAUGAAAUUACAUGAAAAAUAGUAUGAACAUCCACUUUAACAAACCAUACUGGAAGCAGUGCAGGCUCUGAACAGAGAACUGUAGGUGUCAGACUGUUCUUAAAUGCUUUGACAGUUUACUGUUGGGCAGCGCCAGGGACCUCCUGGCACCAUAACCACUAUAGCAAACCGUAGUGGUUAUAAUGCUUGGAAUAUCCUUUUAAAUAGCAGUGCAUGUUUGUGGACAUGGGAUUUGUUAACAAAGCACUGGGUUGUGAGUUUAUAAAUGCAACAUUCAUGCCAAGAGAGCUAGUUGUGCCUAAAUUUAAAAUUCAGCUGUCCAUAUGCUUCGUUUCACAUUUAUAAAUUUUUCUUUUAUAAUUUCUUUUUUACAUUUUUUUUGCACUAACCUAUGUAAGCUUUAGAAAUCCAGAAUUUGCUUUUAAACAAAGUUACUAGUUUUCUAAGGGGUCGGAAAUAUGUAUAUCAGUUGUCUUAAAGCAGCAUUGUCACAGUCUGGAACUUUGCAGAUGGGGGGCUGGGGUAAAGGUGAGUUCUACUUACAUAAACCUGUCCCUCUCAGGUGUUGCCAUCUUCCUCCGGCGAGUGCAAUUCCCUGCAGCCAUCACUGGUGAUGGCUGGGGGAAUUGACAUCUCCGCCCAGUGUCUAGAAGUGUCAGGCAUAGGAAAUAUACAGAGAUAAAGUAGUCCUUACUUUGUCUCUGUAUAUCUCUUGAUUUUCAGUGAAAUUCCAACAGAGUCAAUGUAAAACAGUACAAAAGCUACACAAGAAUAUUUUGAAUCGAAUAAAUGCUUUUGAUUUGGCUUUGCACAUUAGAAAAUAAAAAAAUAAAAAAUCACAAAAAAAACCAAAAUUCUUUUUAUAUCCCAAACCUAUUCUACCAUCUUUGUGAAUUUAUAUGUAACAUAAAAAUUUGCUGUGCCUUUUUUUAUUAUUUUCAUGUAUAAAUCACAUGGCAACCUCUAUAUGAAUCUUCUAAUGUGCAUGCACACCAAUUACACAAAAGGGCUUAUAAUUCACUACUAGAACUACUUCACUGAUAUGUAUUUAUCUAGUAAUGGCACUAUUUUAGUUUGUUUUUUUUUCUUCAAUAUUACCCAAAGUGACACAUUUUGGAGCUGCCGUGAAGAAAUCUGUCUUCGGUAUUACAAGUUGGCUGUGAAUCAAAAUAGUGACAGUCCAAUUAAUGGGCAAACACACAUAUCCAGCCUUUCUCCAAUCACACAUUCCCAAUAACAUGCAUGGCUUCUUUUUUUUAUUGUUUUUUUAUGAUAAAAGAUUUGUUUAGUAUCAUACUCUAAAAUAUUGUUUUAGCUUGAUAUAGUGAAAGAUGCCCAAAAGCCAUGAACUACUCUGUGUCAUCCUCUGGUAGAAAAAGGUAUGAUCAUUUCUUGUGACAACUCUCUGUAAAUUGUUUGAUUUACAUUGUUUUACGCUCCUUGAACCCUUUUUGCACAUUGGUUUAAAAUAGUCUUCCUCACACACCUAUAGGUGUUGUCAUAUGGGGAAAAAAAGAUUAGAUAAUUAUGAAUCCAUAUUGCUCAACAAGGCCCCAUUAGGGUCCAAGUGACAUUUGCAAACCCUUGGUAAUCACUAAUGUCCAUUCUGCUGCAAAUACUUCCCCCCUCUCUUAUACUGGACCCAUAGUAUCUACUGUACAUUGAAACCUCCAGUAUAUACAAAUGGCCCACGAUUUUCAAAGGUCAGUGUAGUGUGUGAUGUUUAUUUCAGUGACACCCCCAUCAUUCCCAUAAAACUUGUCACAACAUUUAUUUUUAGUAUAUAUACUGUAUAUGUGACAUUUGAAUAUUUAAGAAAAGAGAUUUGAACCUGCCUUUGGCUUAGUAAACCGUAAUGCAAAGGGAACAAGUCCUCUAUCGUUUAAAUAUAUAUUUGAUGUAUGCCCAGUGACUGUUUUUAUGUAUAGGAAGACCUAUACUUGCCUCCAAAGCAGGA